GUCCAGGUCGCUGCUGCAGGAUCGAGCUCCUCCUGGUCAUAUAGCACUGUGUGGAGUCUCCGUCCGUUCACGGCGCCGAGAAGGGAGUCUGGCGAGGAUCAUUGUCCGCCAGCAUGACAGCCAGAGCACAACCAUCGAACGCAUCAUGCCUCGCUGGCAGGAAAGUGAUCAUUGCAGGAGCAGGAAUUGCCGGACUUGCGUUCGCUGUAUCGCUAAAGUCCCUAUGGACCGUCGACAUGGGCAAGCCUCCACAAGUGGUGAUUUACGAGAGAGGAAGCGAGGCGUCAAACGCAAGAAGUGAUGGCUAUUCGAUCGGCAUCCGAAGCGGCAAGUUGAUCGGCGGCAAACAGGCAUUGCAGCACAUGGGACUGUGGUCACAAAUCCUCGAUGAUAGCAUCACCCGGGAUAGCGACGAACACGGUUACUCUGGACUUUGGUCUCUGGACUGGCGCCGAUUCGCGAAACUUCGAAGAGCGUCUUGCAAGAAUGGACCACAAGUAUCUUUGCGAAUCGCUAGAGUGAAGCUAAGAGAACAACUCUUAAACGCAGCUCAGCAGGGUGCAGAAGUCGUGUGGGAGGUCUCGUGCAUAUCCGCUGUGCCGACAUCCGAGGGUCGCACGCGAGUGGUGCUGAGCGAUGGUUCGGAGGAGGAGUGCGAUGUACUUGUGGUUGCAGAUGGAGCCAACAGCAGGAUACGUGCUUGUAUUAGGCCGGAUGAUUGCCUGAACUUCGCAGGACCGGUGUCGAUAGCUGCGGUCUCCAACUUUCCUGGACCUCUACCGAAACCCGUCAGUCGUGAUUGGGGUAUCGUUCCGAGCGGGUCCGGCGUGGCGUUGUUCGCAUCUUCGAUGGGUGAAGGCACCGCAAACUGGAGCUUGAGUUACCUGUCGGAGGCUCCGCGUGAAGAAUGUCGACAGCCUCUCACGCCUGAGGCGUCCGCGAAGCUUCUCCAAGAAGCUGCAGAAAGAGGCAAACCUUUCCAAGAGCCCUUCCAAACGCUUCUGAAAAACAGCGAUAAGGACACAGUAAUGGUCUUCAACGCCAUGGACAAGCAGCCAUUUGCACAUGGCAUCGCGAACGGCGUGCCCACGGGAAUCAUUUUUAUUGGUGACAGCAACCACGCAGUAAGUCCUUUCGCUGGGAGUGGCGCGAAUCUCGCACUUCAAGAUGGGUGGGACCUCGCUGAAUGUCUCUGCACGUACGCCAUGUUGGAGAAGGCAGUUGCAGCUUACGAUGCAAGAAGCAUGCCUCGCGCCUCGGUCUCGCUGAGAAAGUCACAUACGUCCAUCAAGAUCACACAUUCAAGUGGACUUGAAUGGGCCGUUUGGGAAUGCCUGCUGUUGGGGAUGGGCAAAGCGCUGUCAUUGCGGUAUAAAUGCGAGGAUGUUUUUGCCUCUCUGCACGAAGUGUUUAUGAGGCUCCCGGCCCACGCGAUCCGCCACUUGCGUCUUCGGAGCGUUCCGAUCGGCUGCAGAUACAUACAGAGUGGCGAAGUUCACCCACAUGACAUGAAGAAGCCUCUGCGCUUUCCAGAUCCUUCCGACCGUGUCUGGCGAAGGUCCAGCCAGUCGGAGAACUCAAUGCAGUGAGAGCAAAUGCGGAUGACUGAAUCGAGGCGAUGAUGUGAAAUCCAACUCUGAGAAUCUCUUCGAUUUCCGACGUGGACGACGCCAGUCGGAACCUGCUGGUACAAUUCAUGUACAGCGGUACAUUGGCCAGCGUGUGGAAGACCCAAGCGAGGAGAGCACAUGACACCAAGCUCCGGCAAGCUUUCCCACCACGUCUUGCGACAAAUUGGCCAAUCAGCGACGCAGCGACUCGCAGCAGCAAGAUCGCCAAAAGGCAGACUGUGGAAGCGUGGGGUGGCAUAAGUCGAAACCCAUCAGAUGC